CCAUUCGGCAGGUCGUUUGAAGUCAUCGCGAGAGAUCGGAGGGUUCAUCUUCAUCACCCACCGGAGCCACCGCACGAUCCACACUCCCAGUCAUUCUCGAUUCUCUUCCCGCCAUUCCUUGUCCCGGUCGAGCAAGAAGAGCAGGUAUGGCGCAGAAGACUAAUCCCUUGGAAGACGCGAAGAGGAGGUGCGUCUGCCUCGUCGACGCGAUCGAGCGAUUGCCUCCUCCCUCGAUCACCGAUUCCUGCAAGCGCACGCUCCUCAAGCUGGCCGAGUCCGAGCUCUCUUUCCUCUCUCGACGCGCUUCUUCUUCUUCUUCUUGUUCGGAUUCGCCUCUCAGUGUUAAUAUUGGACACCUUGAAGCUGUUGUUCACAUUCUCCGGCAUCUUUCGGUUGCGGGAGUUUCACGUGUUUGCAAGCCUAUCCCUCUGUUGCCUGCAAGCGGGAAGGUGCCAAGAACUGAUUCUGGUUCGAAGUUUGCCCAUGUUGAUAUCGUGUGCACGCUGAAAGGGAACCCGGUUUGGGUUGUUGUAUCCGAUAGGAACCCAAACUAUGUAAUCUGGCACAAUGGCCAUAAAGGCAAGGGAUUGAGAUUGAGAAUUCAGCAAGUUGUUGCUGCUGCUCAGUUCUCACCGACGCUGAAGCCUUCAUCAAUUAUUCUUUUCUUUUCACGCGGUGUGACCGACUCCAUUCUCAAGAAGAUUGUCGAUGACUUUUGGGCCGUUAAGUAUAAAAUGGAAGCUGACUUCCCCCUUUCCAUUGUUGCUUUUUUGGAGGAAAUGGAAGGUGAGUGGAUAAAUAUAGUUGCAAGGUCUUACCAAGAAUCAGUUGCACUAGAAAUAAAGGUGGAUAAUUUUGAGAAACCAGCUCGAGAUCCGGAAUGGGGAGCUGGAGAAUCAAUUCUGGGUGCUGCGGAGGCAGAGAAUCCAGAUGGAAAUGUGAACCUUAAUUAUCCUACUACCUUUGACACUCUAAUUUCUGGCUUGAGUCCUCCCAUGAAAGGAAAAGACAUGGCUUCUGCUAAAACAAGAGAGGUACUAUGUGGAGGUGACCUCAUUAAUUUUGAUACUACAGCUUUAAUUGCUCUUGUAUCAGACAUUAGUAAUGGUGGUGCGGAGGAACUUUUGAAUGUGGCAGAAAGUGAGUUGAGGCAGCAGUUCAAAGGGAACUUGCCUUUUGUGAUUGCACAGGCAAACUCUGAGCUUCGGAAACCAAUCCUUCCAGACCUGGGAGCAAUAAUUUGGGGAAAGAAUGGCAUGAUAUGUGAAAGUGUUCUUUCAGAGUUCAAAGAGUUAGUAGCAAUGUAUGGAGGGACCAAGGAGAAGCGAAGAGCAGAUCAGAUGCUAAAAUGGCUUAUUGUUGUUUCGGAUAACCCUUCAGAUCGCAUGAUCGGCCUUCCGACCACCAGAAAGCUUGCUGAAAAAAACAAGGUCAUUUUUGGCACUGGAGAUUACUGGCAUGUGCCAAGCUUAACCGCAAAUAUGGCUUUUGUUAGAGCAGUUUCUCAGACCGGGAUGUCUCUCCAUACGAUCGAGCAUAGACCACGUGCUUUGAUUGGAAAUUAGGUACUAAUUUUUUUCUGGAAGUGGCUCAACAUGUGUUUGUGAGUGGACUUCAAGUUUGACUGACACCGGUGCAUCAACUUUUAGAUCGAGAGGGAUUUGUCCUGUUUGCUGUUGCUGCUGCAGUGCUGUCAUUAUGGUGCUCCCAGACUCGCUUUGGCCAGUCAAGGGUCAGGUCGAAGUUGAGCCUCAA